AUGUUCUCUCCAGUUGCACUUGUGUCAUUGGCGAUCGUUGCCCUCUCCUCAGCAUCUCCCUUGAAUAUCCGUCAAGCCACCUCCGGUCCAUGUGCCGGCCUUGGUAUCGGGGCGUAUGACAAUGUGUCCAACUUCACGCUGGGUGCAUAUAACCUUACGUUAUCCAAUGCGAAUGCCACAGGAGCCCCGCUCGUUCUCGCGUUCAAGCAAUUCACGGGGAGUGCCACUGGGGCGUACUACUCGACGCUCUCGACGUACUACUCGGUGCAUUCGAAUGACGAGCCGAUGCUGUCGCUCGUCAAUGGCUCUCUGCUCCCGAGCAAUCCAGCGGAACCGAACAUCUAUUCGAGCAACCUUGCCGUCUCCUCGGGCAACGAGCUCCUCUUCGAGUUCUCCACCGAAGAGUCCGAGCUGCCCACCCCCGCUCAGAAUUACUGCAUCGUUGAUCACUUUGACCCGGCUGGGAAAGGCCCGUACUCGAUGCUGGCUUUGAACGGGAUCACCGACGGGUUUUCGCUCUGCGAGAAUGACAUCCCUUACGAUUACGGUAACCCGUAUGACGUAGUUUUGGAGGCGACGGAGGACAACGGCCAUAUCUAUAACUACACUACCUGCUACCCUGUGUGCUUGCAGGUACUCUAUGGACUGUAG